AUGCGAUUACACUACGAUCCAAUUCUUCCAUUGCACGCGCGAUUGCGGAAAGAGCGGGCGCGUGUCCCCACGCCAGUGCAACUAGAUGGCAAGCUCUACGAUGUGAUGGGCGUGAGCCCCGAAAACGCACUGGUGCUGCGUGAUCAGCGCGCCGUCCACCAGGAUAUGCGCAUUGAGGAAUUUGCCGGCCGCCCGGCGAUUCUCGAUGGUAUUCGCUGGCGCGUAGUAUCGCUAGAAGUUGCACCGAACAUGUUCGACACGACGCUACAAUUGGUUGACCCGCGGGAUCCGCCAUCAAUGGUCACGGUGGCCGGUGCCGACCUGACACACGUGCAGUUUCCCAGCGAGAAUGGCUUGCAUAUGCUGGGCCCGUUGAAGCAUGGGAUCAUACGUAUGGCCUCGAUGAUACCCCGGACUGAGGUGCGACGACCGCUCCGUCAGGGCGAGCAGUUCGAGGCUCGUCUUCGUGGCCGUGAGCUUGAUGGUCCGUACAUGAUUAGAGUGGGAGAUGGAGGCCAGCUGAUGGCAACCGGCAUAUCCUACAACGGUUCCGAGCAGAGAAUUGUAAUCGAACCGGCCCAAGUCGCACCCCGCUAUGAGACUGUCAUGUCCCUUGAUUUCGGUGCCACCUUCGAUGUUGACGCUUUCUUGUUCCGAGAAGACGAGCUCCGCGGCCAGGCAACCAUUGGUGGGCCAAGAAGGAAGAGUGGGUGUUCGCUGGAUCCGCUACUGGGCAGCCUGCCCUCUGGCACAGUUCCACUACUGACUAAUGGUGCUGAGCAUCUCGCCGUGUUUGAGCAGUUCAUUCGAGACCAUGCGCAGCCUGAGGGGAACGUGCAUUUCCGGAAUGGUGUCGAUUGCAUACCACGCAAGCUAACUGUAUUCAAUCUCUCAGUGAGCAGCCAAGGCGAUGCUCGCAGCGUUCUCCAUGCGCUGGUUGACUUCCGAUCUCAGAAUCCAGAUGCUGAGAUGGCAAUUGUUGCAUCUAAGCUCGGACCGACCCAGUUCCAGGAAUCACCAGAGUACCACAAGUAUCUGAAGGUGCUCACCGACAACCGUAUCCAUGUGAAUAUGUUCACUACCCCUGCUAGCGGAACACGCCAGGUAAUGCAUGCUAAAGGUAUCAUCAUCGACACCCAUGUGAUAUUCAGUACAGGUGCUGUUAUGGACACACGGCCCAUCGACAAAGCAGAUUUCUCAAUCAAACUACCCUCAGCGGCUGCCGAGGCAUUCCAGCGUUACGCAGACGAGGCCAUUCAUCAUGAUGCGACUGAAGAGCGCCGGGCCGAGCUCGCCUCGGAGCUGGCGAGUCUCGGAGUGGUGAUCAACGACCCAGUCGCAGGUCUCACGUAUAUCAGCCGCGCCCAGGAUGCAUUGAUCCGUGGCGCUUCGAGUCAGCUGAUAGUCAGCAUUUCCGAGCUUGUAGAUCCCAGGAUGACACAGACACUCAUAGAUCGCGUGGAGAAUGGUCUCGAUGUACAUAUACAGGUUCGGGAGGUCGACCCUACGUCCGCGCUGCUCCUCGCCGACGCAAUUUUGCAGUAUCCCGCAAACCUGCGAGUGGAGGACACGAGUUGGUGGGAGCCGCGCCCGCAUUUUAACGCUAUCAUCGCUGACUGUGACGCUGCGUAUCUUGGCACCUCGUACCUAUGGCCCACACAGUGUCAUAUGGUACACCAGGGCCGGUCGUUCGAGAACGGUGUGUUACUUCAGGGCGAUGCCACUACGAGCCUGCUCAUGCAGCUUGACCAGCUUCGUGUCAGUGUCUAUGGCAAUGAUAAUAUCUGCCCAGUGACCGUCGAUGAGGCGUUGGACUCGUGGAGGUGGCAGCGAGGCAUAGUCAGCCCUUGUAUGUUUCCAAGAUACACCAUCUGCCUAGAGGCAUGGCAUCACAAAUCGCCCGUUUGA